AUGGCGAGCAGCACCCUGUCCCCCGACUCCAUCGAGGUUGUUGGCCCCUCCCGCAACCGCUCCCUGAGCAGCGCCGACACCAUUGCCUCGUCGACCCUCUCCAACCCCUUUCUCACGCCCAGCACGCGGAGUUGCGCCUCGAGCGUGCUCGAGGACCCCGAGCACGCGCUGCGUCCCGACCCCGGCAGCGAGGCCGACUUUGAGGUCCCCGGCGGCAACAACCCGUUUGCCUUUUCCCCGGGGCAGCUCAACAAGCUGCUCAACCCCAAGUCGCUGUCGGCGUUCCAGGCCCUCGGCGGCCUCGACGGCAUCGCCCGCGGCCUGCAGACCGACGUCCAUGCCGGUCUGAGCCUCGACGAGACGGCCAUUGCGUUUCCCGUCUCCUUCCAUAAUGCGGUGGGCAGGCCGGCGCCGGGCCCGCCAGCGCCGUCGGGAUCGGUGACGUCGUCGUCGCCCUCGCCCACCACGGACGCGUACGGGGACCGCAUCCGCGUCUUCAAGCGCAACGUGCUGCCGCCCAAGAAGGCCACGCCGCUGUGGAAGCUCAUGUGGAACGCGUACAACGACAAGGUGCUGAUCCUGCUGACCGUGGCGGCCAUGAUCUCGCUCGCGCUCGGCCUGUACGAGACGCUCGGCGUCGACCACCCGGACGGCGCGCCCGCGCCGGUCGACUGGGUCGAGGGCGUCGCCAUCUGCGUCGCCAUCAUCAUCGUCACCGUCGUCGGCUCGCUCAACGACUGGCAAAAGGAAAAGGCGUUUGUCAAGCUCAACGCGCGCAAGGACGACCGCGAGAUCAAGGUCAUUCGCUCCGGGAAGUCCUUCAUGAUCAACGUCCAGGAUAUUCUCGUGGGCGACGUGCUGCAUCUCGAGCCGGGCGACCUGGUGCCCGUCGAUGGCAUCUUCAUCGACGGCCACGGCGUCCGCUGCGACGAGUCGUCGGCGACGGGCGAGUCGGACGCGCUGAAAAAGACGGCCGGCGCCGAGGUGUUCCGCGCCAUUGAGGCGGGCCAGACGAAAAAGGACCUGGAUCCCUUCAUCAUAUCUGGUGCCAAGGUUCUUGAAGGCAUGGGCACCUUUGUCGCAACAUCAGUCGGUGUCAACAGCAGCUUUGGCAAGAUUAUGAUGUCCGUCCGCACCGAGACCGAAGCCACGCCGCUGCAGAAGAAGCUCGAGAAGCUGGCCAUGGCCAUUGCCAAGCUGGGCAGUGCGGCCGCCGGCUUCCUCUUCUUCAUUCUGCUCAUCCGCUUCCUAGCCGGCCUCCCCAACGACGCGCGCGAUGCUACCACAAAGGCCUCCGCAUUCAUGGACAUCCUCAUCGUCGCCAUCACCAUCAUCGUCGUGGCCGUGCCCGAGGGCCUGCCGCUCGCCGUCACACUCGCCCUGGCCUUUGCCACUACGAGGCUACUCAAGGAGAACAACCUAGUCCGCGUCCUACGUGCGUGCGAGACCAUGGGCAAUGCCACGACCAUUUGCUCGGACAAGACGGGUACCUUGACGACAAACAAAAUGACUGUCGUUGCUGGCACAUUUGGCUCGACCAGCUUCGCCAAAGCAGCCACCGAGUCCGAAAAGACCAGCGAACAGACCGUCAGCCAGUGGGCGUCGGCCCUGCCCCAAGCCACCAAGGAUAUGCUCGUGCAGUCCGUCGCCAUCAACUCAACCGCCUUUGAGGGCGAGGAGGACGGCCAGACCGUCUUCAUCGGCUCCAAGACGGAGACGGCGCUCCUCCAGCUCGCUCGGGACCACCUCGGCCUGUCAUCGCUGCGGGAGACGCGCGCCAACGCGCGCGUCGUACAGAUGAUGCCUUUUGACUCGAGCAAGAAGUGCAUGGCCGCCGUCAUCGAGACCCCCGCCGGCUACCGGCUGCUCGUCAAGGGCGCGUCCGAGAUCCUGCUCAAGUGCUGCACCGAGACGCUCGAGCCGCACGACCUCUCCUGCACGCCCCUCGACAAGCCGCGCGCCAAGGCCCUACGCGCCGUCAUCGACGCGUACGCCGGCCGGUCGCUGCGCACUAUCGGCCUUGUCUACCGUGACUUCCCCACCUGGCCGCCACCGCAAGCCGAAGUCGUCGAAGGCGUGGUGCAGCUCGCAUCGCUGCUCCGCGGCCUCGUCCUCGUCGGCGUCAUCGGCAUCCAGGACCCCGUGCGGCCGGGCGUGCCCGAGGCGGUGCGCAAGGCGCAGCACGCGGGCGUCGUCGUCCGCAUGGUCACGGGCGACAACAUCAUCACCGCCAAGGCGAUUGCGGCCGAGUGCGGCAUAUACACCGAGGGCGGCGUCGUCAUGGAGGGCCCGCGCUUCCGCCACCUCUCCGAGGCGGAGAUGGCGGCCGUCCUGCCGAAGCUGCAGGUGCUCGCGCGCUCCUCGCCCGAGGACAAGCGUGUGCUGGUCACGCGGCUCAAGGCGCUCGGCGAGACGGUGGCCGUGACGGGCGACGGCACAAACGACGCGCCCGCACUCAAGGCGGCCGACGUUGGCUUCUCCAUGGGCAUCGCCGGAACAGAGGUGGCCAAGGAGGCUUCGGCGAUUGUACUCAUGGACGACAACUUUGCGUCCAUCAUCACGGCGCUGAAAUGGGGCCGCGCCGUCAACGACGCGGUGCAGAAAUUUCUGCAGUUCCAGAUCACGGUCAACAUCACGGCCGUGCUGCUCGCCUUCAUCACCGCGCUGUACAGCGCCGAGAUGAAGCCCGUAUUAAAGGCCGUGCAGCUGCUCUGGGUCAACCUCAUCAUGGACACGUUUGCGGCGCUGGCCCUGGCCACGGAUCCGCCCGACGACCGGAUUCUCAACCGACAGCCUCAGGGGAAGAAGGCGCCCCUCAUCACCAUCAAUAUGUGGAAAAUGAUCAUCGGCCAGGCCAUCUUCCAGCUCGUCAUCACCCUCGUGCUCUACUUUGCCGGCCCGCAGAUCCUCGGCUACGGGGGCACGGAGCUCGACACGGUCAUCUUCAACACGUUUGUGUGGAUGCAAAUCUUCAACAUGUUCAACAACCGGCGGCUCGACAACCGGUUCAACGUGCUCGAGGCCCUGCACCGCAACCACUUCUUCAUCUUCAUCUGCCUGCUCAUGGUCGGCCUGCAGGUCACCAUUGUCUUUGUCGGCUCCCGCGCCUUUGGCAUCGUCGCCGGCGGCCUCGACCCCGAGCAGUGGGCCAUUUGCGUCGUCACCGCCCUCAUGUGUCUGCCCUGGGCCGUCGUCGUCCGCCUCGUCCCGGAUGCUGGCUUCGCGGCCGUCGCCGGCUUCGUCGGCCGCCCGGUGGCGCUCGUCUACCGCGCCGCCGGACGCGGCUUUGGUAAGCUCUUUGGCAUCUUCCGCAACAAGAAACAGAACAAGGAGGCCGCGGCGCAGCAGGAUGUUGAGGCGGCGGUACCAAAGGUUGACAUGCAGGAGACGGUCGCUGCGCCUCCUGCUAUUGUCAUUUGCGAGACACCCCAGGUCCAAAUCACGGAGCCGGAGAUCAAUGAGAAACGACUGUCCUAA